GCCCCGGCCAUGGCGCUGUAGCCGCGACCCCUCCGUGCCCCCGGCCCGUCUCCGCGCUCACCGCGCCUGCGCUCUCCGCUCCUGCCUUCUUUCUUCAGCCGAGGCCGCCGCCGCCUCUCCUUUCCGCAGCCAUGGAGUCCUCAACUUUCUCCUUGGUGCCUGUCUUCGCCCAGCUGAGCAACCUCCAGAGCCGCCUCCCAGCUGUUGGUGCAGCCUCCUUCAUUGCCAUCCGUGCCCAGCGCCUGUGCUGCAGCCAUGUCACUCCUGGCGACCCUGGGGCUGGAGCUGGACAGGGCCCUGCUCCCAGCUAGCGGGCUGGGCUGGCUCGUAGACUAUGGGAAACUCCCCCUGGCCCCUGCCCCCUUGGCUCCCUAUGAGGUCCUUGGGGGAGCCCUGGAGGGCGGGCUUCCAGGGGGGGGAGAGCCCCUGGCAGGUAAGGGCAGGUGGAGAAUGGAGCCCCCCGCCCUGGAUACCCUAGACUUGCUGGCCAUCUACUGCCGCAGCGAGGCAGGGCAGGGCGAUUCAGGGUUGGCUCCCCUGCCCCCACCACAGCAGCCCCCUCCUCCACCUCCAACGUCUCGCCCGGUCCCUUAUCCCGUUCCUGCCACCACCCGAGGGGACCGCAAGCAGAAGAAGAGAGAUCAGAACAAGUCAGCUGCUCUGAGGUAUCGCCAGAGGAAGCGGGCGGAGGGCGAGGCCCUGGAGGGUGAGUGCCAGGGCCUGGAGGCACGGAACCGGGAGCUGCGGGAGAGGGCCGAGUCUGUGGAGCGGGAGAUCCAGUACGUUAAGGACCUGCUCAUCGAGGUGUACAAGGCACGGAGCCAGAGGACCCGCAGCAGCUAGGCACGCAGGGGCUUGGUCUUCAGCUCUGGCUCGCUUCUGUUUUUGGGGCCGAAGUGACAGGGUCCCUUUCUCAUCCCUCUGCCUCCAGCUCCUUUCCAACGUGCCCCUCUUCUCUCUCUCUCCUUUUAUCCUUGUCUCGUUUCUUGUGCAUUUCCGUUCCGCUCCUCUCCUCCCUCCCCGGGAUCAUGGAACAGUUUGGCCUUAGUCAACAUGUGUACUCCUCACGUGACAGCUGAAGGGCUCAGGCCCCCCGGGAGUUCAGGGAGCUGGGGAGAGCUUGGGAGACCUCUCAAGCAGGGAGGCGAGGCCAGAAAGCUGUGCAGAAUGACUAUGCAUAUGAGGACGGGGGAGCCUUCAGGAGAGUAAGUCGGGGAGCAUUUUAAGAAUGGCACUUGUAUAAUAACGUAAGCAAGAAAAGCAAGCCAAGUGACCUUGGGAAACUACAUUUGGGCAGGGAGCCAAAAGGUGGCCAAGUUCAAAGAGCCGGUGGCUAUGGAGGCAGGUGGGGAGCAGGGCAGGGCGGGCAUGGCCAUAGUUGGUGACGGGGUGUUCACAUUAGCUGUGGGAGGAAAUCAGUGUUUUGUGAAAGGUGCUGGGCCAGGGGCUGCAUCUAGGUGAGGGAGGGCGGGGGGGUGAUCAUUUUGUGGGUGGCGGCAGAAAUAAAAUGAAGAAUUUCUUCUGGUCUGUGUGUCUUGUCUUUGAGAGGAGAAGUUGGGAACGAGGGCAGUCUUAGGCCAAAGACCAGAAUGAUAAUGAUAAUAAUAGAAAUAACAGGUAAUACCUAUGGUCGAGUACACACGCUUGGCACACGGCCAAGGCCAAGAGGGGCCCGACUGAACCGGACGAGACCCACUUUUAGAUUCAGACCAUUAAUUACUUACACAGCGAACGAAAGGAUAGCCAAAGGUGCCAGCUGCCCAUGGUCCUUGUCACACCAAAAAAGAUGACGCCGAAACCAAAAGGGCUGGACAGUUGCAACAGGAGUCGUGGGGCGCCCCGUGGGGAGGAGCCCCCGCUCUGAUGAAAGCCUCCGGGGAGCAGUUGAGAGGUGGGGCGAUGCUCCCGUCGGUGUCGAGCGUUUACUACGUGCCAAAAGAAAGUGGACGGUGCAGUGGCAUUUAGAACAUUUGCAAUUUGCCAACCGCUUCGAUCCAGUUCCAAAACACUUCUGUUGCUCCAAAAUAAACACAGCCAUUGAGUAGUCA